CAGUACACUACUAAACCUCGACAGCACUGGAUGCUGUAGUUAGGGAAAACCAUGGCUUCUGGCUGGAGCAGAGGUCACUUGACUGACUGCACUAUCCAGAGGUGGAAGAUACAACCAAAGGAGUUCAAGGAUGUUUAUGACCCGAGUGCACUUCCCAGGAUGACUUAUCUGCUCUAUGAAAUUAAAUGGGGCAACAGCUCCAAGAUAUGGAGAAAUUGGUGCCGAAACACCAGCACCCAGCAUGCUGAAAUCAAUUUCCUGGAAAAUGCCUUCAAGGAAAGAUCUUUCAAUCCUUUCACCCACUGUUCUAUCACCUGGUUCCUCUCCUGGAGUCCUUGCUGGAAAUGCUCCCGAUCUAUGGUAGAGUUCCUGAAGACACACCCCAAAGUGAACCUACAAAUGUAUGUAUCACGGCUCUUUAGGCAUGAAAACAGAAGCAACCGUCUAGGCCUGCAUGACCUGGUGAUGAAUGGAGUCACCAUUAAAGUCAUGGACCUCUCAGCUUACAACUAUUGUUGGAGAACAUUUGUCAACCUUCAAAAUGUAGAAGACUACUGGCCUUGGCACCUCACCCCAUGGAUAAUGUUCUUUUCUUUUGAACUCCAGCUUAUCCUUCAGGGAUCCGCAGCCAGUUUACAGAUCUGGCCAGCAAGUAGCAAUCAGAUUCCGAGUUUCAGUCUUAUUCCACCAGAAUAUUGUCACCUAAUGCCUCUGCAAGUGGUCGCCACAGAAGCCAGUCAUGUGAAGUCAUCACAUGACUGGCCUGAAUCAAUGGCCAGUCACCAGCAACUGCUAGUGUUUAGGCCUGGACCAAUAGCCAAUCACCUGCAACAGCCAAUGUUUAGGCCUGGACCAGCAGUCAGUCAUCAUCAGCCACUAGUGUUUGGACCUGGACCAAUCACCAAUCACCUGCAACAGCCAAUGUUUAGGCCUGGACCAGCAAUCCGUCAUCAUCAGCCACUAGUGUCUGGGCCAGGAUUAUCGACCAGUCACAAUCUGCAACCUGUGUUUAGGCCAGCACUACCAGCCAAUCAGUGACAGCAACAGGAUUGAGGCCUAGACCAUUAGCCAAUCAGCUGCAACAACAAAGUAAUAGGCUCUGGAAUAGAUCCCCUUGGAUCUCCAGAGGAAAUAAACCCCUGUGAGUCCCCUCAUAGUUUGCACUUAACGUAAACUAGGGGAAACACAUUUUAACAUACUUCAGCCAAUACCCUUAUUAUGAAUAACCCUAAACAUGUAUUGCUCCUAUGAAUUGUUUUGUGAGGAAAUAAUUUGUGAUGCUGUAACACUCUGUACCUUGGGGGAACACCCUCAUUCUCCCCAUGUUCUUCCUUAUAAAAUGAUUUUGUGGCAUCCAAUGCAAAGCUUGGGUGUCUUCGGAAGGCUCAUCAUGCACCCAGUAUGGUUGUUAUAGUGAUGUU